GUCCGGGCGCCUGCGCAGACGCGCUUCCUUCGGCGUCAGCCAUGGCGGGGCAGGAGGACCCGGUGCAGCGGGAGAUUCACCAGGACUGGGCGAACCGGGAGUACAUUGAGGUCAUCACCAGCAGCAUCAAGAAAAUCGCGGACUUUCUCAACUCGUUCGAUAUGUCUUGUCGUUCAAGACUUGCCACGCUGAAUGAGAAGCUGACAGCCCUCGAGCGCAGGAUAGAGUACAUCGAGGCCCGGGUGACAAAAGGCGAGACCCUCACCUAGAACUCUGCCAUGCCGCUGCUGGGGGGUUGCUUUACGGGACCCAGGCCUGCGUGGGAAAGGCCCCGGCAGCCUCCAGCGCCUUCCUCUCCUUAAAGAGCAACAGGGCUUAUUCUUGUUUUCCUUUUUCAAAAGUGUGGCCUUUGGGCCGUGCCAUGUCCGUCUGGGAGGAUGAUGUGGCAUGUGGGGAGAAGUCCAGGGGAACUCUGGGAAACUGCAUUAGGCGUUUUACCUUUACAGUCACAUUUUGUAGAACUCCUUGUCAAUGUAUGUGCGAUAUUCAGAGCCCAAAGCCUGGGGGGGGUCUUCGUUUAGGGCCUCCCCACCUCACCUCUCACCCCCCAGACUUCCCUUACAGCUCUCCUUGCCGCUGCAGUGAUUCUGUAAACAGUCUGUCUCCUCCCCACCUGUGGUCAGAGGCGGGAGGCCAUCCUGGCGGGACACUCAGGCCUAGCAAGGUGAUUGCCAGAAUGUUGUUGCCGACCCCCAGUUUCUGGUCCUUUCGGGGAGGUCAAGGCCAGACCCCCACUUGAGGGAACAUUUUCAGAGUUUUCUUUCUGUCACUUGGGAUGUCUUGGCUGUCAUAUUUCCCCAAUAAAUUCCUCACCUUUAUCUGACUGCUGUGAUUGAGGGGAGAGUAGAGCCCGGGCCUGCCUACUGCAGACACCUGGUGGUGUUAUUUGACAUACAGCUCGUGGAUGUGCUACUGAUUCCAGGCCUGGCUGCUUUGCCCAUGUUUGGACUUUCUGACUGAUACAUCCUGGGUUCCAUCUGACCAUUCAGUGACCCUUUGCCAAGGAUUUCCUGUGCAUGUGUGUCACACACCAGCAGCAUACAGCAGAGUUGGGCAUGGCGUAUAGCGCAGUCAUCUGUAUAGCUUAUCUGCAGACGAUUAGUUUUCUGAAGUCCAAGCUAAAUUACAUUUCUUGUGAAGAGCAAUUCAUGUCAACAGCAGAGUCUGUAAAACGUCGUUCUAGCACCCAAAGCUUGCUGUAAAUGCCCCGAGAAACAGGCAUUCUACCUCCAUGCAGUAGGUGAGCAGCAAGCUUACAGGGACUUAGAUUUGUCCCAAGUCAUGCUAAGUAAGUGUUGGGGAUUUGAACCUUGACCUGCUGGACCCGGAUGCUCUCACCAGUCUUCUCAGUGGGGUUACUCAGUACUUUGAACGUUGCCCCUUUAUUUCAGGAAGCUAAGCCUUUGGGAACGUGCCUUGUUACUAUGGGCCACGCCUCGUGGGGCAGGAAGCUGCCUGGGUCUAGGCCUGUUGCCAGCAGUCAUCCUCUCCCACGCCUCCAGAGAAGGGCCUGCUCCACUGCCUCUGGAGCACGGGGCAGGAGCAUGCUGGUGCCAGUGGUGACUCCACACAAAUACAGCUCAUGUGCAAAGGUGGCCGUCGAGUAGACUACGAGAGCGGGGAACUGCGGACUAGUGGGGUCUGCUCAGUCUCCUGGCGGCAUGAGCCCCAAUCUGACCUCCAGGCUGUCUAGCGGGAGAUGGAAGGGAAAACUCCCGUUCUUUCAUCAAAGUUCAUCUUGGGUAAAUCCCUCCGGCGAAACCUGGACUGAAUUUUUUGGGGUCCAGCUAAUCACCUUCCACGUGCUUUUGACGACCAUCUCACAGCUGAAUACGUCUCCUGUGCUUGCCCAAUGCCUGGGAGCAUUUUGAGGGUAGAGAUGGCAUCUUUAUAAAAACAGCUGCUGGCUCAGGGUUGACUGUGUGCCAGGCACUGAGCACUUGGCCACUUAGCCCGGAUUUUUAUGGCAGGUACAUUUUAAAACUGAGCAAAGGCUUGAAAAAUACAAAGUUUGUGCAACAUCAUGUACCUGACUAGACCUGGAGUGAGACUCCGGGUGGGUGUGAAUUUCAGACGGCACACAGACACAGGGUUGAAAAGAUCCGCUUCCAGUUGCCCAAAAUUCCUUCAGAGGAACAAGUUGGUUUGACAAAUAGCCCUUGAGUGACCCCUGUGGACUGAGAGCG